AAAAAAUUAAAUAAAAAAGUAUUUAUGUUUUUUUAUAAUUUAUUUUUUUAUAAUGUGAUAAUAAAAAAUAGAAAAAUAAUUUGAAUUUGAAUUUUUUUAAUGAUUUUUAGGCUGACGAGGCAAUGACAUGACGUGUUGACUAAUAAUCAAUGGUGUUGACCAUCCCAAUUAACGGUCAAACCAUGUGUCAGGCCAAUUGAUUCUAUAUGUUGCAUAGUUGAGGCCAAGAUGUUAAUUUCUGAAACCACGUGUUAAAGUUGAUUAUAUGAUAAUAAUUUGGACCAAAAUAAGAUAUUAAUGAUAGGAAUUUAGACUUUUCUACAUAUUUUGGUAAAACGAUAGGAAUUACAUAGCACCAAUCUGACCAUUUAACUUGCUAAUCCGACGUAACCAUAUGAACCGGUUUAUAUCCGCUCUCGGUUUUGGUGGCCUGCAUGGUGGUAGAUUGGUAGUUGCUAGUUAGGCAUUGUUUGCCCUUUUGGCUUUUUCUAUCUUCUGCUCCAAUCCACCUAUCCACUUGUCGGCAAGCGGAGCAAGUUCCCCAACUCCAUUUUCUCGCUUCUCGGCGGUAUAGGUUUCCCGCCACAAAAAAGGGUGAAGAAUCCUGCCUCGGAGAUCGGCCGCAGAGAAAGGUAAGCCAAAAAGGAAACUCCUUUGUUCUUUGCCCCCCGUCAAAUUGCUGCAAAGCAAGAGAAAAUGAUGCGACUAAACCUGCUGGAAUUCUUCUAUUUCCCUCGAAACUCAUAGACUCGAAUGCGAUUACCCGCGGCGGGAACUAUUUUCAGUCAAUGUCGAUGGCGUCUUCGUCGUUCUCCGGGUCGGGUAAUGCUCUAAUGUGGUUUCGGAAGGGGCUUCGGAUCCACGACAACCCAGCCCUAGAAUGUGCUUCCAAGGGGGUUACAGGUGGGGGGUUUCUUUACCCGGUGUUCGUGAUUGAUCCACAUUACAUGGAGCCCGACCCGAGGGCUUCCUCACCUGGGUCGAGUCGAGCCGGUUUGAACCGAAUCCGGUUCUUGUUGGAGAGCUUGAAAGAUCUGGACUUGAGCUUGAGGAAGCUUGGUUCAAGGUUGCUGGUUAUGAAGGGUGAACCUGGAGAGGUUUUGAUCAACUGCUUGAAGCAAUGGAAAGUUGAAAAGCUUUGCUUUGAGUAUGAUACAGAUCCUUAUUACCAACAGUUAGAUAUCAGGGUUAAGGACUACGCUUCUGCAGCUAGAAUUGAAGUCUUUUCUCCGGUGAGUCACACUCUAUUCAAUCCUGCUGAUAUCAUACAAAAGAAUGGAGGAAGACCUCCUGUGAGCUACCAAUCAUUUCUGAAGCUCGCUGGAGAACCCUCAUGGGCGUCUUCCCCACUCAUGACAAUAUUUCCUUCACUUCCUUCUGUUGGAGAUGUUGGAAGCUCUCAGAUUGUGGAAGUCCCUACGUUGGAAGAGCUUGGUUAUGUGGACAUUGAAAUGGGCAAUGAACUUCCUCCUUUUAGGGGUGGUGAAUCAGAAGGAUUGAAGCGGCUGCGAGAAGCUAUCAGCAAUGAGAAGUGGGUGGCGACUUUUGAAAAGCCUAAAGGUGAUCCAUCGGCAUUUCUAAGGCCUGCAACUACAACACUUUCACCGUAUCUCAAAUUUGGAUGUGUUUCUUCCAGGUACUUCUACCAAUGCAUUCAGGAUGUUUAUACAAGAAACAAAAAACACACAUCACCACCAGUUUCUCUUCUGGGCCAGUUGUUGUGGAGAGAUUUCUUCUACACUGUGGCUUUUGGUACUCCAAACUUUGAUCAGAUGAGAGGAAACAAAAUAUGCAAGCAGAUACCGUGGAAUGAUAAUGAUGAAUUGUUAACAGCUUGGAGAGAAGCUAAAACAGGAUAUCCUUGGAUUGAUGCUAUCAUGACCCAACUCCACAAGUGGGGUUGGAUGCAUCAUCUAGCAAGGCAUUGUGUUGCAUGUUUCCUGACUCGUGGUGAUCUGUUUGUUCAUUGGGAAAAAGGGCGUGAUGUUUUUGAAAGGCUUCUGAUUGAUUCGGACUGGGCCAUCAAUAAUGGGAAUUGGAUGUGGCUCUCUUGUUCGUCAUUCUUUUACCAGUAUAAUCGGAUCUACUCACCGAUAUCAUUUGGGAAGAAAUAUGAUCCAAACGGGAACUAUAUUAGACAUUUUCUGCCUAUAUUGAAAGAUAUGCCAAAGGAGUACAUCUACGAGCCAUGGACUGCACCUCUCAGUGUCCAAGCUAAAGCCAAAUGCAUCAUAGGAAAGGACUAUCCAAAACCUAUGGUGUCUCAUGAUUCAGCAAGCAAAGACUGUAAGCAGAAGUUGGCCGCAGCUUAUGAGUUAAACAAGAAGUUAAAUGGGAUUGUUAGUGAAGAGGAUCUGAAAGUCUUGCAAAGAAAACUGGAUGCAACUUGUGAUUCCGUUCUCAACCCAGUUCAUUCCCACUCUUCUUCUGGUGCUAAAAGGCAGAGACGGUCAUAGGUUUUAUUAGUCAUCUAGACGCCCAAUGUGUACUAUUAUAUAUUUAAAGUAGCCAAAACAAACUACCAUAUUCAUAUAUCUGUCCUGUAUUAUGAUGAUGGACUCUGCGAUUUGACAGCAUUCUGUUUCAGUUCUUUCCAGAUAUCUACAUGUCAAUGUGUAACACUACAGAACAAUAGAAUGAAAGAACGAUGGCUUGAUUAUAAUGGUCGAGCACUGAAAUCUGUGGCUGCAACUUCUGUCCCUUAACUGCUUGGCUGGUCCUCUCACUCCACUGCACUGCAUUCUGUUGUUGGCAGGCCUCGACAUAAUCAAGCAGCAGAACGUGG